UCAGCGCUCAGUGCCCGCGCGACUGCCCGCGCGUCUCCACGCGAAGUGAAAGUGAAAAAUGAAAAUGACAGUGCGUACAUUCACGUUUUGCAUGCUCCUGGCAUUGGCCAGCUCGGACGAUGAUCAAGUGAAAACUUACAAACUGGAUGUGCCUGGAAAGGAACCAAUCACUGUCGUUGAAAAAGCACCAUUCAAAAAUUGGAAAGAAAUCACAGUGGAUCCUAACCAGGAAGCCGAAUUGAAGAAUCUAAUGACUCAUAUAGUACACGAAGUAGAUGGAACUCCGAGGUGUUAUGGACCGUCUUGCCAACAAGGAUUCAAUGGAGAUCAAGGCCCACAUGACGGGCUCGACGAGUUCACUAUUGAGAAUGACAAGUUAAAGGAUAUUCGUGAUUUCUCUCAGGAUCGUUUACAAGCAAUAACCGCGUUGGCUGCGAAGUUGAAGAAAGAUAAAAUUAAGUCGGACCGUUAUUCAUCAAUCGAAACAGAUCGUUAUCAACCAUUGGAGAGUGACCGUUAUCAAUCAACUGACAACGAUCGCUAUAAAAUACCUGAUAAUGAUCGCUACCAAUCAAUGGACUCAGACCGCUAUCACUCCAUAGAAAGUAAUAACAAUGAUGAUUACAAUAAUGGUAAAGUUUACACUACUUGGAACAGACUUAAAGUAAAACAACAUAAGCACCCGUAUGAUGACAAAGAUGGCUGGGUAACUUUGGAACCUGUGGCGUGGUCUACGAGCAAAAUAUCAAAAUGGAAACCCAAUGUGAAGAAACAAAAACCUAACCACUGGCAUGAAGAUGAAAAUAGGUUCCCUAGUGAUGAUCGAUUCUCAACUAAUCAAGACUCAGGCAAUACUUACAAUUAUCCUCAAAAAAGGCCGGUUAUGCUGCGCCCUGGUUUCCUCAACAAUAAAUUACACACGACGCCUGAUUACGAAGACGACAUUCCUUCGAAACCAUCAUGGAAUAAACCGAUGCAAACUUCGUAUACGUCGACAUGGUCUCCAGAUGAAGGAAGAAGGCCUCAUAAGCCAAAUUGUGAUUCUGACGAACAUUCCAGUGAUGACACAGUUUUUUACGGUAUAUCAGAUUCUAUAGUAACUGACAACCGACCAUCGCACUUCCCAUACGAAUAUGAAGCCUUGCAUCAAGCUAUUCAACAAAAACGCCCAAUGAGGAGGCCAACUCAAGUAAUUUAUGCGGGGUCUCCAGAUUUAGAUAACGAUCGUGGUUCCAGGCCUCCUUAUGGAGAUGGUCAAUGGGUACUACUUUCCACAACAAAGGGAUAUCGAAAUAAGAAGCGCCAGAGAUCAUUGAACCCUCCGCCGGAGGAAAUAAAUGAAUUUGGAUCUAUGACAUCACAUCAAGCAGUUGCGUUGACAGUUUUGCCUGUGGAUAAAGCUCACACCAAUAUGACAACGUCUCACGGUGGUUUACUUGAAGUUGAGAAGAGUUUCCAAACGGUAGAAGAGUCCAAACGGGAUAUGGACAAAAAACAUGAUUUGGACGUAGCAGCUACUCAGUUUAGGCCAGUGAAGACCAAGGUCAUUAAGAGGAAGAUAGCUUCAAAUGUUUCUCCAGAUAGUUCGACCAUUUUGGCUGCUGUAGGAGCUGGGAUGGUCCCUGCUACAAUGGCGAUGGUCGUUCCUAUGAUGUUGGGACGUCGUCGAAGACGUGAUGUAACGAACGAAAGUCUAAACUUAGACAAUAUUUUCUAUAGACGCCAAUAGGGUUUUAAUUGUAGUAAUUUAUUUAUAGUGUAAAUAUUGUAAGACUGUGAUUUAUUAAUUUAUUUAAUUUAAAUUGUUGAAUUGUUGCUGACGUUACCAGUAGACGUCUAGUGUGUUAUUUGUUCCUUUACUGGAUGUUUUGUUGUGUCCUAUGUUUAUACACUUAUAAUAACAAAAUUUAGUGUU